AUGGUAUGUGGUGUUAUCAAUAACGAUAUUCUUGAUUCUGCUCGUACCUCUAGUCAAGUAAAUCACAAGGAUGAUACUGAGGUUGGAGCCCAAAAUCAAGCUCAUUCGGGUGAAAUUGAGCAGAAACGUCACGAGAAAGAAACAGUGAUUUGCGAGGAUGAGUUGCAAAGAGCUUUGAUGAAGGAAUAUGAAGAUAUGGACAACAACAGGUCUGAUGCUGAGGUUGAGGUUCACGUUCAAGCCUAUCCGGGUGAGGGUGAACAACAACAUCAUGAAAACGCAACACUAUUCGAAAAGGAUGAGCAUAAUUCAGAAUCAGGUAAAAUUUCAAUUAUACCAGAAAUUCGUACAUCUCUAAAGUGCCUCAAACGAAAGCAGGAGGAUGUAGAGCAUGAUGCAAAGAAGCUGGAGGAUGAAGAAAGGGAGAUGGAAACUGUGUUGGCGAUGAAAAUUGAUCAAGUUUCUGAUAAUCUCACUAAUCAGAUCGAAAAGAUGAAGUGGUUGGUUGGAAAAAAACGAGAGUUACAAGCAAGCCGGGAUAGACGUCAUAAGAGUUGA